CUCUGAAAAGGCUGCGUGAAGCUGCCAACAGCAACGACUUGGACACAGUGCAGCAACUCUUGGAGGAUGGAGCUGACCCCUGUGCCGCGGACGACAAAGGCCGGACAGCCCUGCACUUUGCCUCCUGCAAUGGCAACGAUCACAUCGUGCAGCUGCUUCUGGACCAUGGGGCUGACCCAAACCAGAGAGAUGGGCUUGGAAACACACCCUUACACUUGGCUGCCUGCACGAACCAUGUUCCUGUCAUCACCACGCUGCUGCGCGGAGGUGCCAGAGUUGAUGCCUUAGAUCGAGCUGGCAGAACCCCGCUGCACCUCGCUAAAUCAAAGCUAAACAUCCUGCAGGAAGGACUCUCCCACAGCCUGGAGGCCGUACGCCUGGAAGUGAAACAGAUCAUCCAGAUGUUGCGGGAAUACCUGGAGCGUCUGGGGAGGCACGAGCAAAAGGAACAGCUGGAUGACCUCUGCUCCAGGUUACAGAUGACUAGCACCAAGGAGCAGGUGGACGAGGUUACAGACCUCCUGGCUAGCUUCACCUCACUCAGCCUGCAGAUGCAGAAGAUGGAGAAGAGAUAACGGGCUUCCAAAUCAUCUUCCUGAUGCAGCAGGAGAAGCUUCAGAGAGAAAAAGAGGAAGCUGAAGCUUGCUUCCCAGCUCGCUGCAUACAAACAUUGCUGUCCCUGUGGGUGCUGCCACAGCUGCCUCAUAGGGAGGCAGCAGGCCUUGGACAAGAGAGACAACAGACAAUGCUGCAGCUGAGACUUUUUGG